GUGGUUUAGGCUAACACACCCUGUGGUUGUUGCAGGCUGUACCGCGGCCAGUACCUGGGGCUCAUGGUGGGCUGCACCUGGGUCUGCGGCUUCGGCGCGCUCGUCGCCACCUGGCUGGGCAAGUGGGGCCGCUUCGGCCUGGACCAGCACAUCGGGUCGUGCUCCAUCCUGCCGGACGCGCACGGCCGCUCCCCCAAGGAGUUCCUCUUCAUCACGGCCUUCGUCAUCCCGUGCAUCGCAAUCGCGGGCUGCUACGCGCGCAUCUUCUACAUCGUCCGGCAGACGGCGCUCAAGUCGCGGCUGAGCUCGGGCGCGCGCCAGUCGGUGCGGUGUGGCAGCACGCGCAGCGCGCGCCGCCCGGCCAGCAGCUCGACGACGACGGGCCCGUCCACGUCGACGGCCGCGUCCGCGUCGUCAGCGUCCGCGUCCGGGCCGUCGACAGAACGCUCCUCGCACCAGUCGGUGUGCUCCAUGUACCGACCUAGCCGUCUGUCGGUGCCGAGCGACAUCCUGCCGCCACCGCAGCUGCCGCCCUCGGCGCGGCCCCCGCGACUCUCCGUGCCCACGUCGGCGGACGACGGCGCGUCCGUGAGUUCGCUGAGCGCCGGGUCGCCGCCGUGCACGCCGAGGCCCUCUCCGCUGCCGUCGCCGUGCGGGUCACUGCGCCUGGCGCCGGGGCUGGGCCGUGGCGGGGUCACCAGCAGCAGCAAGCGCCUCAGCUCGGCCAUGGCCGCCGUCAUGCGGCGCUCCAGCCAGCCGGGCCGCAUGACGGCCAAGGACCGCAAGCUGCUCAAGAUGAUCCUCGUCAUCUUCGCCGCGUUCGUCAUCUGCUACCUGCCCAUCACCGUGUCCAAGGCCUUCCGCGACUACUUCGACGACGGCGUGCUCAACAUUGCCGGCUACGUGUGCAUCUACCUGACCACCUGCAUCAACCCCAUCAUCUACGUGGUCAUGAGCUCCGAGUACAGGCAGGCGUACAAGAACCUGCUCAUGUGCCGGUCGGGCGACGCGCAGAGCGGCGCUCUGAGCGAGGCGCGGCCCGACAAGUGCUCGGGCAAGUGCUCCCGCGGUAGCACGCGACAGCACGCCAAGCGCCCGCCCGACCCCACGUGACCGCCUCGCUAAACGCCUCCCCGACCCGACCCGCAGGGACUCUGGCGGGGAGGCUCUCUUUUCACACAUUUCUUUUUCGUAGCUCUCUGCGAAGUUGGAAGAAGUUUUUAACGGACCGGGGGCUGCGGUCAGUGUCGCAGAGUAGUUGCGUGGGCCAGCCGAUGCCGGCACCCCAUGAAGUUGCCGUGGAACAACGUCGUUACUAAUUAUGAGGAUCAUUUUUGUACACUUUCUCUUUCUUUGAUGACAUUUAAAUUUCUAUACCAUUUAUAUUAGACAAUGUUCACUUGUCAUAUCUCGAUGAACAUUUAUUUAAAAUUGAGUCAGUAAGGGUCACAACUUCUCCUUCUGAAUGACGGGGGGUGGAAACGCACUUCCCUAGCUUCCCCACUAUCGCAAGCUGUUCUUGUCGCCCAGAUGCUUCCAAAUAACGCGGAAAUUAAAACGACGCAGAGAGCUUCCCGAUCGCUGUCUGUCAGAGAGAAAGCCUCGCCAAGCAAUAUCGGCCCGAGUGCAAGCGGAGGCGUGGCGGGGACCGCGUUCUACUGCCACACAUAUUGCUUCUCGAAGACGACGCUAAUAGGAAUCCACUGCCACUCGAUCCUCGCGCGAUCUCAGGCGAGUCUUGCCACGUGUCCUGCACACGCGCGCCCGCAAACUUGCCUGCCCCUCUGCUCAAAUAGUUGCCACUAGCUCCCAACUCUGUCCGUGUAGCCUUGUCGAAAAGCCAACACUAGGAAAUGAGAAAUGUCAGUGCCUAUCAGCCACACGCGCUAUGGACACACAAAGAAGGUGGGUUUGGAUGAUAAAGUUUUGUGAUGAGGUGAGGUAUACUUCCCAAGCGGCCCCGCCGCAGCCCUGUCCGGGGAAAUUAGAGGUUGGACCGGCUCAAAGGUUGGCACGGGUCGGCACACACACACGCGCGCAGGCGUGGCGGCGGCCCACGCGAGGCACGCGCAUGCGACCCACUGAGCGCCGCGGAGCUUUACCUUUACGUCUCGGCAACUUUUCGGAAGGUCGGCCACUGUACACCAAUCGCCGCGCGCGGCUCAUCGGAAGCCUUGAGGAUUUGUAAGAUAAGGCGAUCGCUAUUUUCUCCCCCUGAACUGCUUUUCUCUCUCUACUUAUGCAAUCUUGGCAAGGUCAAUAUAAAGUUCCAGCUCUCCGGGCAAAGCCAAGUCGUCCGUACGGUGAGUGGAGCUUGGGAAGUUGAGUAGUGCCAGUUCGUUAGUUUGCCCCUCUCCACCGACCCAUUCAGACCACUUACCAUGGCCACUUACUGACUCUUAAUAAUUUACAAAUACUCUGAAAGGGUCAUUCUAAAGGCCUAAAGGACGGUCUAUGUAUUUAUCUGUAUCAAAAAUUGCAGAGCUACUGCCAACUACCAAUUACAGUUUUUUUACCAUUGUAUAGAAGUAGACGUUGGUGAAUUUGACAAUAAAGAUUUUCAAAGGAUAAAUUCACUUGGUCUGUAUGAGCUAAAAUGGAAGUCCAAUUAACUCAGUUCAAAGGUUUAACAAAUUAUCGGUUGUUGCUCAUGAGUAUUAAACUACCUGCCCAUCCCAGUCGCGAUGUUGUCUUCUUGUCUGUUUGGUCGAUGAUCGAUGUGAGAAAAGGGAUUAUUUCCACUGUGCUGGAUCUCUUAAAAGUGAUAAGUAGUUGUUAAAAGUUUGUUGGGAGUUUCGUUUUAUGCGUGUUUGUGAAUGCUAUGUCAGGGUUCAUACCGGUCACGGAAGAGGCUCAGAGAAAAAAUAAGAUAACUGGAAGUCAGGGAAAAAAAAUUAGUGAGGAACAAAUUAAAAGUGACAGCAAAACUGCACACUUUGGAUACAAAUUCAAAAUAUAUUUGCGCUCGCGUCGAUCGCAGUUACUCUUACUGCCAGAAGGUGCCUCCUACCUGUAAAUCAGGCUAAAUAAGAUUCUCAACCUACCUGGUUUGAACCUUGAAUGAAAGAGGCUGAUUUAGAAACAAUUUUGAGACUCAUAUCAUUGUGAGGGAACUGGAAUGGUACGUGCUUGGAGAUAUUAGGAUUUGAAUGGUUAAAUGAAAUGACUGCAAACACGCCAAACGCACAUGUCGGCCGGACAUCAUCACUUUUGUGCACUGUAACGUGUUUGUCUCAAGCUCAUUCAAGACUGCUAGAAAAGGUGUGUAUUAAAGUAAAGAUGUGCUAAGACUGUGCUACUGUGAUGCGUUUGGUUAAGAUACGGUUUGUCGAAAUGCGUCUGCGUACGUGAACUAGUUUCUUUGAUGUCGUACUUAGAGGCUCGAAGUUCGGCAAGGAUUUUGCUGUGAAUGACUAGAUUAGAAUGAUUUUUAAAAAGUGCUUUUGAAAGUGAAGAAUGAUAUGAUUAUUGCAAUGCUGCUUUUUCCCGACUGUCAUUACCAAAAUUUUGUAUCAACACGGUUUGAUAACCCAACUAGGUAAGGUUGACUUAUAUUAAUUGUUUAUCAUCAGUAGUCUGUAUAAGAAACGUAUGGACCAUCACCUAUUCGUGUACAAUUACAACUUACCCAUACAUGUCAAUGUUCAUAAUGUUCAUUUCUUCACUAUUCUAAGCGCAGAUAUUGGAAGUUUUAAAAUUACCAGAGCAAGUUUUAAUUAUAAAUAAGUAUUCGUAGAUGUUUAGUGUUAUAGAUUUCACUGUAUAAUAAGAACACAACAAAAAUUGUUUACUGUUACAAAUACAAUUGCAUGUUCGCACGCCCAAAUCAUAUCAAAAGCUAUUCAGUAAACAUUUUAACUCCAACUUUUACUUUGAGAAUUUAAAAAUUUUGGUUUAUUUUUUGAAAUAUGAUUGAAUUGGUUCAAUUGUUCGUCUAAGAACACCAUUAGUUUAUUAUCUAUGCAUUUACCAUGCGCCAAGCCUAUACUACAUCACUGCCAAUCUGUACCAAGUUAGGUAUAUUUUGAUCUCACUGCCACAUAGACUUUUUUUAUUAUUUUGUUUAGUUUUGUUGUUUUGACGAUUAAUAAUCUGACUGUACACUCACUUUUGUAUAACGUUAAUAAAUGAAAAGUUCAAAUCAAAA